AUGCUUGACAGGGAAUGGCGACCCUUCGUCGAUAAAAGGAUGAGGCUUGGGAGGCUAUCGGCAGAUUUCCUUUGCCGAGUUGUCGAGAAGAAGAGCUUCGAUGCUUCUGAUGAAGAAGACGAAGGGGAAGUGAUCGCCGAGAUGGAAAAGUUCGAGGAUCUAGAAAACAAGAUCGAUGGUCUGGAAUAUACGUUCAAGGAUCUGGAACAUACGAUCAAAAGUCAGAUAUAG